UGCUCAGUCCGGGAAGGGCGGUGUUGUUUUUCGUUCUUUGUUGAAGCGGGUCGGCGGUGGGAUCGGGAUCGGGAGGGGGUCCUCACCCUCGCCCCCUGGGGAGCCAGGGACGGAUUAUUCUCUGCGGGGCGACGACAACAGUUUCCUUUCGGGUUGCUACGUUGACCCCACUCCCGCUGAAAGACCCGUCCUGAGCCGGUGAGAGUUAGUGUGACCCGGACUGCGGCAGUCCCGCUCUACCCCGGCUCACCCGGCCCUGUCCAUCUGUAAUGAGCGGCGGACACAUCACAGCCGAGUGGCCUCGGGAGCAGCAGCUCAGACCCAACUCUCUGUACAGAGUGAGAACAUCGGUGCAGGACCAUUGUUGAUCACCCGGGAAGACAGACUGAUUUCCCGGGACCACACUGAACGCCGUCCGGUUACAACAUCAGAGGGUUGCUACAUUGACCCCACUCCCGCCUCGUCCAGCUGUCAGACCCGUCCUGAGCCGGUGAGAGUUAGUGUGACCCGGACUGUGGCAGUCCCGCUCUACCCCGGGUCACCCGGCCCUGUCCAUCUGUAAUGAGCGGCGGACACAUCACAGCCGAGUGGCCUCGGGAGCAGCAGCUCAGACUCAACUCUCCGUACAGGGUGAGAACAUCGGUGCAGGACCAUUGUCGGUCACUCGGGUAGUCAGACCGUGAUUUCCCGGGACCACACUGAACACUGUCCGAUUACAACAUCAGAAGGCAUCACCAGCAGGUGGAGCUUUCCUGCGCCGGGACCAAAGUGUGAACAAAACGACGACAAUCAACAAUCGUCAGUCAGACUCAGAAUGGACACGGAAUUUACAAUCUCUGACCUCCUGGCACCGGGGGAGGAAUACCGACUGUACCAACUGACAAAGUUCUAUAGAGACAGACUCAAACAAGCGAUUGAAGAAAAGGUUGAAAGACUCGGUUGGAUGUUGACAAAAGAGGGACAUUUCAGUAGAGAAGAAAAUGAGAAAGUUACUGAGCUGACAGAGAAGGGAAACCGGGCAGAGAGUUCCAGACUCUUCCUCAGUUUGGUGAAUGGCAAAGGCUCCCGGGCCCGGAGGGCGAUGUGGGAAGCCUUUGUGACAUGGAGGACUGAGUUACCGAAGUUGGAUAGAAUACUGAGAGAAAUACAGGAGCUCGGUCCUGCUCCACUUGAAUACAUGAACUUCGCCGAAGGGUUAUCUGAGUUACCCUCUCAUCUGAUAGAUGUUCAACAGAAACACAAGGAGACUCUGCGGGCACAAACUGAAACACUGAGAGUGAACACGAUCCUGAUGAGGGAGAAGGUGAAGGUUUUCCAGCUGGUUGAUCGAUACGCUGAGCUCACGGUCAUUUCUACUGUUCGAGAUCGGAGACUGGUGGAACAUGAGCUGCUGGCAAGAGGCAGAGACCACGAGGAGUGGAGACAGAAACAUCUCCGCAGAGAGCUAGAAAAAAUUCCGACUGAUCAGUUGAUCCAGAGCAGUUUUUCCCAGAGUAAAUCCAAAUCUGGGAGUUCGGCAGCAGUGGCCGGAGUCCCGGGGAUUGGGAAAACAACAAUGGUACAAAAGAUUGAAUAUGACUGGGCCAUGGAGAAAAUAUACCAACAAUUCCAGUUUGUCUUCAGUUUCAAAUUCCGGGAUUUAAACUCCAUUAACUGUCGAAUAAACCUGAGGGAACUGAUUCUGGAUCAGUAUCCUUACUUUGGGAAUAUCCUGAGAGAGGUCUGGAAGAACCCAGAGGGAUUGUUGUUUAUAUUCGAUGGUUUAGAUGAAUUCAAUGACAAAAUUGAUUUUUCUGAUAGUCGGAGAGACAGAGAACCUCAGUCCACAUGUACAGAUCCUGAAUUCAAGUGCAAGGUGUCGGACAUUGUGUACAGUUUAAUCCAGCACAAGCUGCUCCCAGGGUGUUCAGUGCUGGUGACCACCCGUCCCACUGCGUUACAUUUAUUGGAAAAGGCCAAGAUCAUUGUCUGGGCUGAAAUCCUUGGAUUUGUUGGUGAGGAACGGAAGGAAUAUUUCAUCAGACAUUUUGAAGAUCAGACGGUAGCGGAAGCUGUUUUCAACCACGUGAAGGAGAAUGAGAUCCUGUACACCAUGAGCUACAACCCCUCCUACUGCUGGAUCCUCGCUCUGACACUGGGCCCCUUCUUCACACAAAGAGUCAGGGACCCGCAGCGAGUUCCCAAGACCAUCACCCAACUCUACUCCUACUAUAUUUACAACAUCCUGAAAAACCACGGCCGUGAGAUUGAGAACCCCCGUGAUGUAUUACUCAGGGUUGGUCAGAUGGCCUUCAGAGGAGUGUCCGAGAGGAAGAUUGUGUUUACAGAUGGAGAUUUGAUCAAGUACAAUCUGCAGCCUUCCCAGUUCCUGUCAGGGUUCCUGAUGGAGCUUUUGGAGAGAGAGAAUUCUGCCCGGAGUGUGGUGUACACAUUCCCACACCUCACCAUCCAAGAGUUUGUAGCUGCAGUCGCACAAUUCCUGAAUCCACAUCCCGGGGAUAUCCUGAUAUUCCUCACUGAAGCCCACAGCACGACAGAUGGGCGAUUUGAGGUAUUUCUCCGUUUCGUUGCUGGUCUCUCCUCCCCAAUGACAGCUCGGGGCCUGGAGGAGUUUCUGGGUCCAUUUCCUCAUCAAACAACCUGCCGGGUGAUUGACUGGGUGAAGGGGGAGAUUAAACGCCAGAUUGGAAACACGAGGAGUGAAGCUGGUAAAAGGAGCCUCCUGAACACAUUGCACUACCUGUUUGAGUCUCAGAAUCGUGGACUGGCUCAGGCCACACUGGGAUCUGUGAAAACUCUUUCAUUCAAUGGAAUGACAUUGACCCCGAUUGACUGCGCGGUCCUGUCUCAUGUCAUCGGACUCUGUGAUGAAAUAAAACACCUCGACCUUGAAUACUGCCACGUUCAGUAUGAAGGAAUCCAGCGGCUGGGACCUGGGCUGCAGAAGUGCCAGGAGUUGAAAGUUGGGCAGAAUGUCCUGGGAGAUUCAGGAGUGAAACUGGUGUCUGCGGCUCUGAGGAACCCGGAGUGUAAAAUACAGAAACUGUGGCUGAAGGGCGUCGGUCUCACAGAUUCUGGUGUCGAGGAUCUCGUCUCCGCUCUCAGUAAAAAACCAUCACUGACGGAGCUGGACCUGGGAUUAAACUCGCUGACAGAUGGAUCUGUCCCCGCUCUCCGACGCCUCAUACUGACCCUCCCGUGUCUGGAGCGGAUCGAGCUGGGGUGGAAUCAGUUCAGUGAGACCGGGGGGAAGGAACUGAGAUCUCUGCAGGUACCCAGACCCGGACUGACAGUGAUCCUGUGAACAUCUGAAUGUGUGAACAUCCCCGCCCGCGGGAUGGGGACAUUUUGGCCAAUUCGCACACUACCCUUUAACUGCCACUCUUACCUUCAAUUGCCACACGCCAGGUGUAAUUCCCAACGGUAUUAACGGAACUUUCCAUUCUCCCGCAGUGACGUAUUUCCGCCUAUUGUCCGGCGGCGCAGUUUCCACCGGAUGUGCUGGUUAGGGACUCCCCACAUGAGACUCUGUGGAAUUACACAGACAGUAAGAGUCUGGGUUCCGGGGCUCAGUCUGGGACACCGGUGUCCCGGGGUGGAAUUAUCCCGGGAGAGGAUCCUAUAUCUCCCUUUGCUGAGGACGGUGCAUUCGGCAGCCUGGCCGAUAUAAUGAUGUUAAAUGGACAAAUCCCUCGGCAGUGACCCUGGAUCUGCAGCGAUCCCGGACACGUCCCUGAAGUGUGAUUUUAUAAUCAUCGGUUCCCCGAUGCAGAGUGACGGUGAGAAACGCGACUGAUUAUUCAACCGGUCACUCCUUGUCGCCGGUCAGUUAAUUUUGUGUGACUGAGUGAGUCGGGAGCAGGUUAUUUAUUCCCGCACGUCAGCAGUUCACACAUUCUUUAAUUUACAUUUGUCAUGAUGAAAUCAAUAAACCGCUGUAACUUCC